AUGGCAUAUAAUUUGCGAACGCGUCGCAUACGGGAAGAACUGCUAGAGGAAGAUGGCAUCGAGGAUACGAAUGAUUCUACCACUUGUAGCAAUGCAACUAGUGGAACUGGGACUUCUCCAAGCAAUUUAGAUGAUUCUGCAGAUGAAGAUUUCUCUGAAAAUGACAGCUCCGACUCAGAUUCCGACGUUGAAAACGUUUCUCUAGCUGAACGGCUUUCGGAGCAACGCGCGCGUAGGCGUCCGACAACCAAGCUAAAAGGCAAAAAUGGCUUCGUUUGGGACACAAGGAUGCCGGCAAGAUCAUCAGAGCGUCAAAGCCUUCCUGCUGAAUUGGUUCCUGGGCCAACAGGCGAUGCUCUAAAUGCCAGUACCAUUGAGGAGUUUUUCGAUCUUCUUUUCAAUAAUGAAAUGAUCGAAAUUAUUGUUGAAAACACAAACAGCAAAAUUGAAGAAAUCUGCAUGCCACUUAUAGUUGAAGAAAAAAUGGAAACCUACCAUCACCCGACCGACGUUAAUGAAAUCCGAGCUUAUAUCGGCGUUUUAUGCUAUGCCGGAUUGUGGAAAUCAUCUAACGUUGAUGAUAAUCGGCUUUGGAGCAAGGCAAAUGGUAUUACAUUCUACAGGUGUGUUUUCACAAGGAAUCGAUUUUCGUUUCUGCAGUCAUGUCUGCGUUUUGACGUCAAGAGUUCAAGAAAUAGAGAGGACAGAUUCGCGCCUAUCCGCAAACUUUGGGACAUUUUUAUGGGCAAUUGCAAGCGGUACUACACACCCAGCAGUCAAUGUACUGUCGACGAGCAGCUCUUGGGUUUCCGUGGCCGUUGCAUUUUCCGAGUUUAUAGUAAAGAUAAACCCGACAAAUAUGGAUUCAAAAUUAUUUGUCUCAACGAUGCUGAAACUUCUUAUAUGAUAUUUGCCAUACCAUAUCUCGGCAAAAAUACUGCUCAAAAUAUAAGUGGAGAAAGUGUACCAGAGUACUAUUUUCGAAUAGUCGCAGAACCAAUAUACAAUACUGGACGUUCAAUUACGGCUGACAACUGGUAUACGUCGAUAACUGGCACGAUAAGGAAAAACAAGCGAGAGAUUCCUGAGGAAUUCAAGAAGCCGUCAAAGCCAGCACCGGGUACAACAUUUUGCCAUGCAGAAAAUUUGACGCUUCUAUCUUACACGCCGAAAAAGAAGAGAAGCACGAAGAUUGUGCUUGUCAUAUCUUCUUUUAUGCAUUCUACGGAGAUCAGCGAAGGCAAACCCGUAUUAGUGAGACACUACAAUGCAACAAAAGGAGGCACAGAUAACUUUGACAAAUUGUGUCAUUCCUAUACUGUGAGCCGAAGAACAAACAGGUGGCCGCAAAGGUAUUUCUAUGGAAUGAUUGAUCAGGCUGUUGUAAAUGCAAGAGUUUUACUAAAGUGCCGGAAUAAAACUGAAGGUAUCAAAGACAAUACGUCAGCUGUCGUUUGUCUUGAAAAAUUGAGCCACUAUCUUGUCAAACCACUUCUACAAGAGAGACUGGCUGUCAGCACUUUGCGAAAAGAUAUAAAGCAUGGUAUUGCUGGUAUUUUGCAAGUUGAUGUGCAAUUUGAAAAAAAAGAGUCUGUUACAUUUCCAGUAGGGCAAAGAUGUGUAUUUUGCUCUAGAAAAGACGAUAAAAAAUCUCGCAAAGGUUGA